AUGGUAGUAGCAAUGAGAGAUGUUCCUCUGGGCAUAACAAUCAAGCAGAUCCAAACAGUAAUAUCCCAAUUUAGAAAAAUCCAAGACAUCAAACAGCGUAUAGUUAAUAAAUGGGCCUAUAUAACUGUCCAAUAUUCUACUGAAGAACAGGCCAAAAUAGCAAUUGAAGAAUA